AUGAAAACGCCGACUCGCUACCUCCCACAAACACUUCUCUUCUCCACAUCCUCCAGGCUGUACUCGAACUGCUUCCAUAGCCGUACUGUUGCCCGUCGAGUCUCACUAUACCCUAGCGAUCCUCUGCGCGCCCAGUCGAACCCUGCUCGAAUCUUGUGUCGUCCUUGUCCGGCCUCUAUACGACCCGGCGGCCCGAUCCCACAACUUCAUAGCGGCGAGCAUUGUAGUCGUCGGCUCUACGUGCCACCAGCAGUCUUCCGAACUGGGAAAUUGAAUCGCAUAACUCCUGCGCUUUCAGGACAGAGUGCUAAGAGUCGGAAGCAACUCCAGAGUCAGAUCUCUUCUGCGCUUUAUAUCGUCCCUCUCGUUGUUGUUGGCGCAUUGCUAGCCUUCGAGGUUAUACCUGGCAACUCAAGUCAUCCAUUGACACCCGAAGACGAAGCUCGCGACUCUUAUAUCGCAGAAGCCGAAGAAGACAUGGAGGCACUUCCGGGCAGACCGGGGAACCUAACCCCUGACGAGGAGGACAAGUUGCGCAAGUUCUGGGAGAUGUUCCUGCACGUUUGCGGCGUCUUCGACGAGGACGGCGCUGGCGAAGCGGAUACGCCAACUACACUUGAGGCCCAGGGGAAGACGGCCACCGGCGGAUCCGAGAAGCCUAAGAAGAAGCGCAUGGGUCUGUUCAAAAAGAAGAAGGACAAGGGCAAAGAAAGCAAAACCGAGAAAAUGGACAGCAUUAAGGAAAGUGAUGCCGAAGACAAGUGGGGUGAAAACAAGGCCUACCACGAAACCCUGGCCAAGCAUACACCAGAGGAAAUCCGCGCUACUAUCUGGGCCAUGGUGAAGCACGAUAACCCCGAUGCUCUCCUACUGCGCUUUCUGAGAGCAAGGAAGUGGGAUUUGCAGAGGGCCCUGGUCAUGUUGAUAUCUACCAUGAACUGGAGGUGUUCGGAAAUGCGUGUUGAUGACGAUAUCAUGGCGAACGGCGAGGAACACGCUGUCUUGAACGAGAAGAGUGGUGACGAGAAGACAAAGAAGCUGUCAGAGGACUUCCUGGCCCAGAUGCGUAUCGGGAAAAGCUACUGCUACGGCAUUGACAAGUCGGGCAGGCCGAUCUGCGUUGUCCGAGCUCGGCUGCACAAGUCAGGCGAACAGUCGGAGGAGGCCCUCGAGCGCUUCACCGUUUACCUGAUCGAAACAACACGUCUUCUGUUGAACCCCCCAGUUGAUACAGGUUGUGUCCUAUUCGAUUUGACCGGAUUCUCGCUAGCGAACAUGGACUACACACCUGUGAAGUUUAUGAUAAAAUGCUUCGAGGCCAACUAUCCAGAGAGUCUGGGAGUGGUACUAGUCCACAAGGCUCCGUGGGUCUUCCAAGGCAUUUGGAAGGUCGUUCGUGGGUGGCUUGAUCCUGUCGUGGCAAGCAAAGUGCACUUCACAAACAACCUCCAAGAUCUUGAACAGUUCAUCGAUGCUGCAAAGGUACCCGACGACAUGGAUGGGAAAUCGGGUUUCACGUACCAAUAUGUGGAGCCAGUGCCUGGAGAGAACAGCAAGAUGCAGGACACAGAGACCAAAGACAAGCUUCUGCAGGAGCGCGAGGCACUCUACGAGGAGUAUGAAAGCAAGACGAUAGAGUGGAUCGGCGAAACAGACUCGACCAAAAGAGCAAGCAUCAACGCGGAACGAAACGCCGUCGCCAAGAACCUGAAGGAACAUUACUGGCGCAUGGACCCCUACGUACGGUCAAGGUCGCUCUAUGACAGGAUAGGAGUCAUCAAAGCUGAUGGCAAGCUUGAUUACUAUCCUUCGUCGCUACCUACGGCACCAAGUAACGAUGCCCCAACGGCGGUCGACACGGCAGCGGACGACGUAGACUAG